AUGCGCGCUCAUAGGGGGAGAUAUGAUCUCGGAGCAAAUGCAAUUGUCGUUGACCAUCAUCAGCUGCCAAACGACAACACGGAAGGGCGUCAUCCGAAUCCAUCCACAAGACAGGCACAUCCUAACUCGGCUCCGCAAGAGCAUUUCCGCAUGUCUACCUCUAUCUCUGACGAGGAUGCCAGACGAAAUGUAAAAGUGAAUGGCAAUAAUUCUGGUUAUUUAUUUUUGCCGUAUAAUUUAGAGCGUCGGUGUUCAAUGGAGAAGCAGUUGCUCAAAUUGUGCCUCAUAGCUGACCCGGACAAACCCGAUAGGCGUGAUCCCUCUUCCCCGCAAUUUACCCCGCACUUCCUUUUCUGCCCCGCUCUCCUCCGCCACCAGCAUCUUGAUAGUAUGAUACAACUAUUACAAGCAAGAGAGCCAAUCCCGUCCCUUCCCGAUGGCAGCAGCAGCUCUUUUCUUCGCUGCCGACACGGACAAAAAUUCUCUUACUCUGCUGGAAAGGAAACCCCGAAUGAGUCGAAGACCUGUGUCCACCUACCACAAAUACAAAACAAGCAACACCAGCCUUGA